GCCCGCCGCUGAUGGAAGGAGUUCUAAAAAGAAGUGACACUUACCCCUCCACCAUUGUCUCCUGACCAAGGGACAAAGUAGGGAUGACGAGGAGGGCACCUGAGAGGGCUGGCGCCCAUGCGGCUGUACACGCUCUCCAAGCGCCACUUCGUGCUCGUGUUUGUCGUCUUCUUCGUCUGUUUUGGCCUGACCGUCUUCAUCGGGAUCAGCGGACCCAAAGUGAUCCAGACUUCUGAAGCUCAUUUUUCACUAAAUAAUAGCAAAAAGUUGAAGCCAAUUCACAUACGUUCAAAUCCACUGUCUACAUACAAUCAGCAACUGUGGCUGACAUGUGUUGUUGAGUUGAAUCAAUCAAAAGAAAUGUCUACUCAGAAAAACUUCCUUAUGACCGUUAAAGUGGAUGGCGUAGCUCGAGAUGGAACCACCAUGUUCAUUCAUAACAAAGUUCACAAUCGGACAAGGACCCUCUCGUGUAGAGAGAAGUGUGCAGAAAUCAUCGUGGCGCACCUGGGCUACCUGAACUACACGCAGUACAGGGUGACGGUGGGAUUGGAGGGCCUCCUCGAUCUGCCCCUCAAGGAAGUGAACUUCACAUGGAAGACUUACGACCCUGCAUUUUCCCAGAUGGAAAUUUGGUUCCGGUUCGUCUUUGUGGUGCUCACCUUCAUUGUCACUUGCCUGUUCGCACAUUCCCUCCGCAAGUUCUCCAUGAGGGACUGGGGCAUGGAGCACAAGUGGAUGUCCAUUCUCCUGCCUCUGCUGCUACUUUACAACGACCCGUUCUUCCCCCUCUCCUUCCUGGUGAACAGCUGGGCGCUGGGGACGCUAGACGACCUCUUCCAGUCCCUGUUCCUGUGUGCCUUGCUGCUCUUCUGGCUGUGUGUGUACCACGGGAUCCGGGUGCAGGGAGAAAGGAAGUGUUUAACCUUCUAUUUGCCUAAAUUCUGCAUUGUCGGACUCCUGUGGUUGGCUUCGGUCACACUAGGAAUAUGGCAGACAGUUAAUGAAUUGCAUGAUCCAAUGUACCAGUAUCGCGUUGACACAGGAAAUUUUCAGGGAAUGAAGGUUUUCUUCAUGGUGGUGGCUGCUGUGUAUGUCCUAUACCUUUUGUUCCUGGUCGUGCGGGCCUGCUCGGAGCUGCGACACAUGCCUUACGUAGAUCUCAGGUUAAAAUUUUUGACUGCGUUGACUUUUGUAGUGCUUGUCAUUAGCAUCAUCAUCCUUUACUUAAGGUUCGGAGCACAAGUAUUACAAGACAAUUUUGUAGCUGAGCUGUCAACUCACUACCAGAAUUCAGCUGAGUUCUUAUCUUUCUAUGGCUUGUUGAACUUUUACCUCUACACGCUCGCCUUCGUGUACUCUCCAUCGAAGACCGCCCUGUACGAGUCGCAGCUGAAAGACAACCCUGCCUUCUCCAUGCUCAACGACUCGGACGACGAUGUCAUCUACGGGAGUGACUAUGAAGAGAUGCCCCUGCAGAACGGCCAGGCCAUUCGGGCCCAGUACAAGGAGGAGUCUGAGAGCGACUGAGCCCCUGGGAGGGCAGACGUGGGGGCCUGUCCUGCAGUGGCCUCCUGCCCUCCGCACCUGCCCUCCCUCACCUGCCUGUGUGCGACUUGUCUUCUAGCAGAGAUUUCCGGGUUCUUAUUUGUUUACAUAUUUUUUAGAGGAAAACCAAAACUGAGGACCAAGUUGAACGCUGGGCCAAAUUUCUUGUUAGGGUGGCUGCAUUUAUUUGGGAAGAGGCGCGCUGACACAGCCAAAUUCUUUUUCAGAGAUUUCAGUGGUAGGAAGGGAGUGACUCCUGUUUUUAGAAGAGAGAAUUAUGUACUUACUUUAAGAUGAUUUACUAAUCCCACGCUGGUGGGGAGCCCUUCUGCAGGCCCACCGCACGGCAGCGUUCCCUCCCCCGCCCGUGGUGCGUUUUCUGACUGAACUCCAGGGAAGCCUGUGUGCACGCUGCCUCUCGGGGGCAGUCCCUCCCCAGUGAGUGGCUGGCGCUCUCCCAGGACGGCAGCUCCUGUUAAUGUGAAAUGGGAAGUAAUGGCUCAGGAGGGGAAGGUGGGUGGCAGGUCCCGCCCUUCACCCACCAGGGCAGAACGGUGUUGGGGCAUUCGAGGAGGGUUUGAUAGGGUCUCCAAGGGAAGAGCAGGUAACUGACAAGUUGCGGCUCUAGUGGGAAAGGUCUGGCUGCCAUACGUCUCCCAGGGGUUGUGUGCAUAUGUGUGCAUAUGUGUGCAUUUGUAUGUAUGAUGGUCACAUCCAUGGAUCUGGAGGGAUGGCCCUGUGGUUGGGGCAGGAAGAGGUGUCCGUUCAAGUCCAAGGAACAGCACUUUCUGCAGCUCUGCUAUGAGGACACCCAGUAGAGCUUUAUUUUUUUAAUAAAAGCUAAACAAAUGAUUGACAUGUGACAUUUCAAUGGCUCCUCACUUCUUUACUGCCAAAAAGCUUUUUAGUUUCUUAUUGGGAACUAGAUGAAAGGAAGUAAAGCAUUUUGAAUGGUUUAUUGAAGAACCUCUUUGGGUAGAAGGUAACUUGUUUGGAAUGUCUCGCCUGGCAGUCAGUCCCCUGGCGGCCGCCGUUCCUGUCCCACCGAGCACCCUGGUAGACACCCCUUGCUUCUGCUGUGACAUGCUCAGAAAGGUCUCCAACUGCUAACCAGCUCGUGGCAGACACCGAUUGGCCUCCUGGCAGAUGCAGAGGUUGGGUAUGGCUGUUGGCUGUGCAAACAGGUCCUGCACAUCCUUCCCCUGUGCAUGAACUCUCAGCUCACCUCACGCUGAGCACUGCCCACUCCGGGCAGUGCUGGGACCGCCUAGAGGUCAGGAGGGACUGCUCAUCACUUCAGACCUUCCUUUUUAAUUUAAACAUCAGUGAUAACAUACCUUUAAUAUGGAUUCCAUUUAUGUUUUUAAAGCUCUGUAAAUAUGAAUGUUUGGAUUACAACUGUAUUACUGCAAGGGUAAUUCAGGUUUACAUGGUUUUUUAUAUUUGCAAUGGUAUGUUACAUUUUUUUAUUCUGUGUGCUCAGAAGUGUUGGGAAAAAUUUUGUUACCAAAUUUUACAACCUCUAUUAAGACUAACUAUAAAUAAUGUUAUGUAAAUUGACAAAACUUACUUGUGCUAAUAAAUGUAUCCUAGUAUGUGAUAUAGUUUAUGUUUUAAUUAUAAAAUAAUUGUCCAUAAUUUGGAACACUGUUAUUUAUCAGUAAGUGUAAACUUGAGGCAUUUAGUCACAUAACUUAGAACUUUUUUUUGGCCUGUACUGUAACCAUAAACUGAUGACUGAUAUCUUCAUAUAUUGAUUCAUCAUGGUGUCAAGUUAAGGAAAGGAACAACAUGGGCAUAUUUAUUUACUUUGUGUAACUAAGUUGGAAACAAGAAAAAACUUACAAAAGAAAAUCCUUAAGGGAAACAAAUCAUGCAUUUUCAAUUUCCCUUCCUGGUGUAUCAUACAUAUCAACAUACUAGGGGCCCGGUGCACGGGUUUGUGCACCAGUGGGGUCCCUCAGCCUGGCCUGCGCCCUCUCGCAAUCCGGGACCCCUUGGGAGAUGUAGUAGUGUGCGAAGCGGCAGGCAGCCAGGGAGGAGCCCGAGCCCUGGCUGGGCCCUGCACUACUCCUGCUCAUCUCAGCCCCACUGUGCCUGCCGCAGCUCGCAGCGCAGCUCGGUAGUGCUGCCUGCCACCGCAGCUGCGCUGCGCUCGCCAGCCAUGAGCAUGGGUGUCUGGUGCCCGUCAGUCAGCUGAGUGGCACUUCUGCUGUGGGAGCGCACUUACCACUAGGGGGCAGCUCCUGUUUUGAGUGUCUGCCCCCUGGUGGUCAAUGUGCAUCAGUGACUGGUCAGUCAACCGGUCGCUUAGGGUUUUAUAUAUAUAGAUUAUAUACUCCAUGUAAAAUUUUGCUUAAAGUAUAUUUAGCAUAUACAUAUGUGCCCUAGGUGUUAGAUUAAGACACUAACGUCUGCCAGAAACUUUAAACAGUAGCAAGAAAUUAUUUUUUCUUUGGAGCCUCAGUUUUGCAAAUUUAAAUUAUAAAGUCAAAGGGCUAACUUUAGUUCUUCCAUGGUAACCGCUUGAAUAGCAUCAUCUUGGGAUAACUUUUUAUGUUGGUCCCGUCUAGGGCGACCUGGAAGAUGACCACAGGUAUUUCAGUUUUCCUUGGGAGACUGUCAUUAUCUCUGUGGACAACAGUUCCUCUUGAUUUAUUAUUAAAUCAUUACUGCAGUGAAGUGAUGUGGUCUCUCUCUCUUAAGCCCCAUUUGAAAGGCUAGAGAAGGCGAUAUAUAAAGUGGAUUCAAGGUCAGUCCUGCAUAGGAUUACAGAUUGUAGUAAGCUUAGAUACAUUAUGUACACCAGCCCACUAAAUGGGGAGAUUUAUAAGACAAAUGUCACCAGCCUCUAAAUUUUGUGAAGUAUUUACUAAAGGUAUAGUUAUGGUAAAUAGGUUAUAAUGUGGGCAGUAACUUACUUCCUGGAAUCCUUUUCACGGGGAACAACAGAGACUCCAAUCGAAGGGAUGAUUAAAAGGGAUGCCUACAAACACUAAAGUAUACUUAGGUAUUCUAAGGGUUUUAGAAGGCAGUUGCCUUAGAGGUUAGACUUUAAAAAAAAAUCUUUUCCCCAGGCCAAAGGGAAGUUGCUUUAGUCUGUGACGUCUUGUUAUCCUGUUUAUCUUGAUUUCACGUGUUUUAGAUAUACUGGUAACUAUACCAUACUCUGAAAUAGAGGAUUUUUCUGCUACUGAAAACUGCCUUUUUACAAGAAGACUGUAAAUAUUUGUAAAAUAAAACACACUAGAGUUAAAGCUUGAAAGGGUAGAGCUGCGAAUUAGAUCUUAGAAUUGUCAGUGGGCACAGUAAACCCGAUCACAGAAUGAGCACUGUAAUCAGUUAAAAUGAAUAAAUGUUUAUUUAUGGCAAA